CAGAACUUUACAGCAGUACUUUUUCAACAGAAGCAAGUCCUUCGUGUUCCAGAAACACUGCUAUGAAAGGAAGAGGAAGGGGAAGAGGAAAGGAAAGCUCACUUGAAAGCGAAACCGCCACUAACCCUACAGUGGGAAGAGGACAUGGACGCGGUAAACAACCGAAGUUAGAGAUUUCUAGUGCUGAAUUUGCUAGGGUUGGACAGAAACAUGGUGAAAAGUACGAAAAAAUCAGUGAGUUGAUAUGUAGACCAAAUCAUGGAGAAAUGGGUGAGCAUAUUGAGUUAAUGGCCAAUUUCAAGUUGUUGGAAGUACCUCCUUCUCUACAAAUUUAUUGCUACCAUGUGGAUGUUGUGAAAAUAACUAGGAACGGUAAACUUGUGGUGGAAAACAGGGAUAUCUGUCGCGAAAUAUUUUGGGAAGUAAUUUCGAAUAACGAAGCAAUAUUUGGCACAGGAUACUCUUUGAUAUAUGAUGAUUGCCACACACUGUACUCUCUAAACAAGCUGAAGACUGAGAAACCAACGUUGGAACUACAGUUAUUCGUAGAACCAAAACCUGGUUUGAAACCGCUCCAUGUAUCUUUCUUGGUUCUUAUAUCAGUCACUAAUUAUUUUACUGUCACUGUCAGUGAACAAUUACCGAAUUUCCAGCCAAGUAUGCGAUUUUUAGAUUGUUUGGUCAGUCAGCGAGUGCGCUGUCCUUUCAUGAGUAUGGCUGCGAGUUUUUAUCCGUUUGAACAGUGCGUGUAUAUGAAGCCAUGUAAAAGCAUUCCGUAUAAAGUUCUAAAUAUGGGUCCCGGGAUGGAGGCAUGGACUGGAUUAUAUAGUGCAGUAAAACGCUGCGAAAAAGGACUCAUGCUAAAUGCAGAUGUAUCCACAAAGGUAUUUUAUAAAUUGGACAUUGGGUUAAUUGAUUUCUAUUUGGAUGUCUUAAAUGAAUUUGUGGGCCGAAGAAGACCAUACGAUAUCGAUAUAGUAGUAAGUGAAACGUUUGCAUUAUCUGUGAAUCAAAGACAACAGUUGAAGGAUGCAAUGAAAGGCUUAACGCUGAAGGUGACGUAUGAUAACAGACAUGUCAAGUUUAUUGAUGUUGGAUUACCUUCACGAAUACAAAGAUUUCAAAUGAGGCGAAGCGACGAUUCUAUGGAGGAAUUGACUGUCGAAGAAUAUUUUAAUCGUUAUAAAAAUAUACGCUUGAAAUUUCCGAAUCUUCCGGUAUUACACUGUGGCACACUAACAAGGCAGGAUUACUUUCCGAUGGAGCUUUUGCGGUUAUCUGACAAAGUGCAGCGUGUGAAAAAACGUCUCACACCGUUUCAGAUCGCAAAACUGAUCAGAGGUACGGCAUUAAGUCCUUUGGAGAGAUUCAAAAAAAUUGAUUGGUUUCUAAAAGGAAUGAGGAUAUCCACCGAUGAUGAGUUCAUUCAGCAGUUUGGAAUCAUUUUCCCAUCAGUCCGUGGUGGAGUUCCGGAAUCAGUGCGAAUCCUUGGUCGCAUUUUGCCGUCACCCGCAAUCAAAUUUAAGACAAUUGAAUUACCAACGACGAAUGGUUCUUGGCGUUUAAAAGAUGGUUUCUUUCAAACCGCCAAUGUUGUUCACUUUGCUGUUGUAAUCGUUGAUAAAGCAAUUAAUACGCAAAAUUUUCGGGAACCAUUCAACACUUUAAUUGGUGCUUGCAAACUCUUCGGUAUGAAGUUUGUGGGCGAAAACUUUGGUGCAGAUACUGUUGAGAUAUAUAGGUGGGAUACGCGUAGAGAAGAAGCUGACAUUUACGUACGCAGUUUCAAAAAAAUGUGUAGUGAAAUAAAAAAAGAAGCGCUGAAGCCGUUGAUGAUCUUUAUCACUCCGGAAAAGAAUGAUGACACAUAUGGACGAAUAAAAGUGACAUGUGAUAAGGAGGAGGGUGUAGCUUGCCAAGUGAUUCUUGCCGAGACAUUUCUCAAAAUGCGCGGAAAUCCUGAGCAUAAUGCUGUGUCUCACAAUAUUUGUUUGAAAAUAAACGUGAAAUUGGAUGGCGUUAACAACGAAGUGGCGAGAAAUCAAGACUACUGGAAAAAAUUUACUGAUAAAGAAGCUCCAACGCUCUUCAUAGGUGUUGACGUCACGCAUCCACCUCUAGGUGAUUCGUCGACCUCGUCAAUUGCUGCCAUUGUUGGGUCACUAAAUAUUAGUGCAACGAGGUAUGCAGCUUCUUUAAAAAUUCAACAACCAGGAAUGGAAGUAGUAACAUAUACCGUGGAUGUAUUCCGGACACGUAUUAUGGAGUUUGGCGCACAAGCAGGUUGUAAACCGCAGCAUAUAGUGCUAUUUCGUGAUGGUGUUUCGGACUCUCAGUUCUUAGAUGUCAUGAAUGAUGAGUUAUUAUGCUUGAAAACAGCUAUACAUCAACUAGAUCGACUCUACAAUCCAACAGUUUCCUAUGUUGUGGUACAAAAAAGACAUCAUACUCGUUUCAUUGAACAAGAUAUGGAAAGAGUCAAAGGUAAUGUACCACCAGGGACAGUCGUUGAUAGCACGAUAACGAAUCCAUUGCGAUUUGACUUCUAUCUCUGCUCACAUCAUGGUGCUAUUGGAACGUCUAGGCCAUCUCAUUACACUGUUCUCUAUGAUUCAUGGCAUUUAUCUGCAGAUGAGUGGCAACAAAUGAUUUAUGCUUUGUGCCACGUGUACGCCCGAUGCAAUAAGUCGGUUUCAAUACCAGCACCUGUUUAUUAUGCCCAUUUAGCUUGCGAUCGAGCAAGACGUCUUUUGAAAUAUGCACGAAUGGGUGAAGCAUUAAGAAAUGAGACCAAUGCCCGUACGCUUGAACAAAGUUUUACGCUUAAUCCAGAUACUCCGAAUAUGUAUUUCAUAUAA